CGGGUAUGAAGUUGAUUUCUUUAUGUCUAAUAGGUCUUGUGAUGUCAAAUAAUAUUAUGCUUUAAACAGCAAAUCAUUCAGAGUUUAAGGAAGUGUUUGGAUAAUUUGCAAAAUCUAGUGAUUUUGGUAAUAAGUUAUUUGGCGAACUUUCUGAAUUCAUUCAAAAGGGAGCAACUCUUUAAGAUUUGAAUGAUCAUGUAGAAGAAUUAAGAAAACAUUUAGCAGAUGAUUAAGUUGAAGAUGAAAAGUUCUUCAAUGAAUAAUAAGAAUCUCUUGAAGCUGGAUUAUAAGGUUUAAAGAUUGAAGUACAAGAAUUAAAUGAGGCAGUAGAUGUAGCUGCAAAAAAGAUAUCAGUUUUGAAUCAAUAAUAAUAAAUAAUUGAUAAUCUCUUUUCUUAGGAUUAAGCUUAAUACUAAAAAAGACUUGCUAAUUAAAAUGUUAUUUUGGAAACAAUAUCUACUUUGAUUGAGAGAGCACAUACUCUAUCAUUAGAAGGACAUAGUCUUAUUUAGAAGGAUAAUCUUCUUGAAGAAAUAAAAUAAUUGGGAAGAGGAAAACAUAUAGAAGUUUUGGCUUAAGUAUUUUGAUUAUAAAAUAUAGAUAACUGCUCAUUUAGGUACAGAAUAAAUAGAAAAGGUUUUGAACCUAUUGGAAAGUCUUAGAAAUGCUGUAGAAGCUAGUUUAGAAGCUGAUGAAGCCAAAGAAUAAGAAAAUAUUAGAUUAUAUAAUAAAUUAAGUGGAGAGAUUACUGCGUAUUUAUAUUAAUGAUUUAGUUCUGUUUCAGAAUCUUAAAGACAUUAUUAAUAAUUAGAAGAACAUUUUGAAUAAAAAGAAUAUGAAUUACGUAUAGGAAAGGAAGGAGUUAAAGAAGUAGGAUAAAAAUUAUAAGAUAGAAAUGAUUAUAGGUAAAGUUUAUAUUAUAUUAAAAUAGAUAAUUCAUAUUGGAUAGAGUAAGAGAAGCUUAAGAAUUAUUAAAUGAUAAUUUAGAUAGAAUUGCAAGAUGGUCAUAAGAAUGAUUAAUAUAUGAAUAUUAUUGGCC